UUAUUAUUAUUAUUAUUAUUAUUAUUAUUAUUAUUAUUAUAAAAAGAGGUAAAAGAUUUCACUUGAGAAGAAACUGGUCGGCCUACUCACGGAACAAUGUUCUAAGUUCUAAACUUUAAUAAUCGAGUAUACCGAUGCGAAAGUUAACAUGGCGGCGUCGUCUAAGAUAUUGGAAGUAAAUCGUCAUUAUUUGGUAAAUUAUUGGAAGUAAAUCGCCAUUAUCUGGCACAACCAGAGUUUCAACAUAUCUUCAGAGAGAAAUCUAAUCCUUUAACCACAUAUAACCAUGAUUUUAUGGCUUCCUCUACAUCCACCUAUCACUAUGAUAGUUCUGGAGAUGAUCCUGGAAUGUCAUCUGAAAAUAUUGAGAUUUCUAUCAACUUGUUACACAGAAAGGAAAGCAGCUUUCAAGAUUGUUUAUACAGUUCUGUUGACUAUCUGGGAUUGUCUUCUGAGAAUGACUUUAUUGACGAACAUUCAUCCAGUGUUUUACAGCCUAUGGAAACCAUUUACCAAGAUUUCUUCACAAGAGAUGAACCAGGAAUUUCAGACAUAGCAGAAGAAAAUUUACUUAAUAUUGAUGAACAAACAGCUUACUGUAGCUCAGGAGAUGAGCCUGGUAUGUCAACUGACCUAACUGAUGAUGCCCACAUUGACCAAUUGAUGAUGACCCCAGAUCAAGGACCUAUGCAUGCUGCAAAGGUUCAAGUAAACACCAACUUAGACAAACAUAUAGCAGGUAAAUUAUUGGAGAUGUCAAUGGAUAUUAACGAAAAUCUAUGAUAAUCUUGACAACAGAAAUUCAAGAUUGCUACUGUAUUAGUGGAUAUUUUGCGUGCAGAAAUAUUUGCGAAGUAUGA